AUGGGCGCUGACUACUACAAGCUCCUUGGAGUAGAGAAGGAUGCGAGCGACGACGAAAUCAAGAAGGCGUACAAGAAAAUGGCCUUGAAAUGGCACCCGGAUCGCAAUGGCGGAUCAGAGGAAGCUUCGAAGAAGUUCAAGCAGAUUUCUGAGGCGUUUGAAGUACUCAGUGACAAGCAGAAACGAACGAUCUACGAUCAGCUCGGUGAGGAGGGCCUGAAGGGCGGCGGCAUGCCACCACAAGGUGCUGGCGCCGGUCCUGGGGGCAGCUUCUCUGGGUUCAGCGGAUUCCCCGGUGGCGGAGGAUCCACGUUCACGUUCACAUCGAGUCCGGGCGGUCGCGGCGGCUUUUCACCGACAGAUCCUAACAAGAUUUUCGAGCAAUUCUUCGGGAUGAGCGGACUUGGUGGACUUGGGGGCAUGAGUGGCUUCGGCGGCGGCGGCGGCGGUAACAGGAGGAACACGACCAGCAUGUUUGGAGGUGACCAUGAUGACGACAUGUCGGGCACGUACUUUGGCGGCAUGCCAGGGGCAAUGCCAUCUGGUCGACCGUCAGGCAAUUCUCGACGUCCCCCCACUCCCGUACCAGCCAGCGGCCCGGCGGAAAUCACACGCCCUUUGAAAGUUUCGCUGGAGGAACUUUAUUCCGGUACCGUCAAGCAUCUAAAAGUGGGCCGGAAGUUACUUCACGGCGGUACGGAAGAGAAGGUGCUCGAAAUCCAUGUUCAACCAGGGUGGAAGAGCGGUACGAAGGUGCGCUUCCAGCGUGCGGGCAACGAACAGCCCUUUGGGGAGCCGCAGGACCUGGUGUUCGUCGUGGAGGAGAAGCCGCACGACCGGUGCGUGCGUGAGGGUAGCAACCUUGUUUGCCAUGUAUCCAUACCCCUUGUCGAUGCCCUCGCAGGCGAUGGCGGCAAGCGUACCGUCGAGCAGCUCGACGGAAGGAAGCUACAGGUAUCCCUUCCCAGUGGCAUUGUGAAGCCUGGGUCGCAAACGACCGUGCCGAACGAAGGUAUGCCGAUCCGGAAGGACAGCAGUGUGAGGAGGAGGGGAGAUCUGAUCGUCAAGUGGGAUAUCACAUUCCCAGACCGCCUCACAGCUGCGCAGAAGGAGGGCCUUCGCAAAGUGCUGGGAUGA